AUGGGCUUCGGCACCGAUUUCACCGAAGAGGAGUUGGCAGAGCUCAAGAAGCUAGAUAUCAUCUAUGACAAGCUACUCCCCAAGCGCAGCUCCGAGAGCAACAACGUGAGCUCCUCUUUCCUCUACAGGCUGGAUGACCACGGCCGAAUCCCGCUCCGGGACUUCUUUGUUCCUUCCGCUGGUUCCCCAUCAGUGGCACGGAUGCGAUCGAACCCACCAGGGAUCGCGGCCAAGUGGCAGACGAUGCUGCGCGAGAUGAACGGCGAGAUGGUGGUGCGCAGCGGGCAGAACAUCCGCAACACACGCGCCGUCAUCAACCGUAUUCUCUCUUGGUCGAUCACGUUCCAACAAGCAGAUCGCGCAGCGGCGGCGGUGAGCCUCGGCCACGAUGGCGGGCGUGCCUUGGCGCGAGAGUGGGUUCGCGGCAUUGUCGUUUACUUUCAGGAGCGCAUGGACAAGCUGUUUGCCGAGCUGAGCAUCACCGCACAGGAGGAUGCGUGUGUACAAGAACUUAAGUUGCUCGAGAUGGACGGCGUCGACCUCGUGUCCCGAUGUGUAGAGGCGGCCCGCACCGUCAUUACCCCCAUGCUGACCACGAGUCCGUACUUCAUCGCCAUCGUUCGAUGCUGCCGCGAGAUGGUGCUCGCACUGAAAGUUGUGCAAGGCCUUCUCUCUCACAUUUCAUCGCACACACGCCUCAUGCCAUACUCAGCCAUGGCGACCACCCCGGAUGGGCGGCGCAACGCCCUUGCGAUCUUGACGCUCGGCGAAGACUUCCUCGAGUCGCUUCGGACGCCACUGUGGCUCUUCAGAUCUGUCCUGCUCUUUCUUGGCGCGCUAGAUCUUCAGCAGUCCCUGCAACGCAAGGCCACCAUCAGCGCGCAGCACCUCGACCACUCGAUUCACUGCAUUGCCUCCCUCGUGGCGGAGGUCGAGUCGAAGAGAGACAGCAGCGCCGCAGCAAGCCUGGAGGUGCGCGCGACCCUCGACGCACUCGUCCUCGGACACAUCAAGAACGCCUGCCUAUCACGCUUCCCCCCAAGCAAAACGCUGGAGCUGCUCAAGCGCGCGCAAGGUGUGCGGGAGGACGUAGCAGCUUCUGAGGCUGCAGACGGCCCCUUCGCGCGCUGCAACCCAGUGCUAAAGCAGCUUCUAGUCGACUACCCCACGUUCAUGGAAUCUACAGCGAAGUUUGUGGAGCGCAACGAGAUGAGUGACUGGGGUAUCUCACUCAUGUUGGUGCAGCUCUUCUGCUGGGACGUGAAGACGCCGCCGGACUUGGCCGCCCAAGCCAAGCGGCAGGUGAUCUAUCAUGUUCCAAAGCUGACUGGCUCGUUUCCGCAUGGAUCGACGGUGCUGAGCGCCAUGGUGCGUGAAGCGCUGCAUCCACUGCUCUCUGCGCUCCUCUCAGCGCUUCCGUCUGGCGCCAGCGGCUAUGGCACUAGUGGCAGCGCGAUUGGAGCCGAGACCGCCACGGGGGCUUCCGAUGGGAGCGCUGUGGCAGGACCGGGUCCCCCGUCCACCACAGACGGCUACGACGCUGGACUUCUCCUUUCCCCCUUUGAGCAGAAAGUCUGUGCUGCACUUCUCACGCUGGCAACCUGGCUGCAGGGCCUCUCUUUUCCGGCGGGGUCCCGCAUGCAGAGAUGGGCCUCUCUGGAUGUUGGCGACCAAAUCAUGCGGGAGUUCAACCUCGGUGAGGGCUGCUUUAAGAGUGUCCUGGGCGAGGUGCUGCACGAUGUGAUCGCCACUGCUCUCGGUCAGGUCGAGAAUGACUACAACCACAGCUGCGCUACUAGGGUGGCCACCGCUCUUGAGACGGACGACUCUGUGUCUAGACUGAGCACGGCGGUGCUGCAAUAUCUGCGCCGUGUAGAGCGCAUCUGGAACGCUGUAACGGACCACUCCCUGGAGCUGGACCUGUCUGCCUUAGACGACGCUUUUGCGAUCAGUCCUAAGACACUCCCUUCGGCUGCCGCGACGUCGACAUUUGGCAUCGCUGCAGACGCCAGCGCCACCGCUGAGCGUGCCAGCUACGACACUAGCCUGUUCGCGGACUGCAAGUAUCUCUUCUACGGCACCGUACAAAAUGUGAUGAGGGCGCGGUGGCCCAGUCGGUACGCCGAUCUGCUCACCGAUCCCCUCCUGCACAGCGUGCAUGUGUACUUGCUCCGAGCCGAGAGCGCAACCCACCGCGGCGGCGGACUGCGAUCGGUUGCCUUACGGGGGGCACCGGUACGAACGAUGGGUACGAGGUGGCCAAACCCACCGCCGCAGCCGCAGCCGAAGGAACUCGCGCCUCGUCCAGUCAACACAGGCGCUGCAGCUGCACCCGCCCGUGACCCGCCCCCCAGCGCGGCGGAGCAGGAUGCCGUAGUUUUCGCAUCCAAGGAAGAGCUACACAGCGCUCUCCGCAUGGUCCGGUGCAUCAAGAACCGCGACCUCUUUAUCAACCGCUACACCAUCACGGUGCGGGAGCGUCUUCUGACUCGACCGGCCCCCGAUGUCAUUUCCGAUGCCGAGCUGGAGAGAAACAAGAAGCGUCAUGAGCAAGAGGCAGAGCAGUUUCUCGCCACGUGGCUCGGCGAUGCAUCCCUGCUGAAGCCUGUCCGCGAGCUCCAUAUGAGUUACUCCGCGCAGAGCGAGCUCUUCGACACCGCCUCAAACGGUUCUGUGGGGGCGACCGAGGCCCCGACCAAAGGCAUCCGGAUCGCCACCACCAUUCUCGACUGGCGUCUAUGGGGAGACAAAGAAGCGGCACCGGCGGCAACUUCCUGUCAAGCAGGUGAGAGCGGUGCCGCCCCCGCUGAUUUUCCAACGUCUGCGGCAGAACUGGUCGCCCGGGCCGGGCAGGCACUCUCCAUGGCCGCCUCAGAAACACCAACGCUACCCUUUCCGAGUGACGCUCUUGUGCACCUUGAAAAGGUGGAGCGUGCGUACAACGAGAAGCACUCGAACCGCGUCUUGCGGUGGGACUGGAACGACCACGCGUACACGAGCUUCACCCUGUCCUACCCCAAAGAAGGCGGCCGUGUGACGACCAUUCACGGCACGCUCUUGCUGCAGCGACUCUUCCUCGCGAUUGCCGCGUAUGGCCGGACCGGGGUGAAGUUGAAGAUGCUAGCAAAGCGAGCUGGCAUGGAUGAGAGGCGCAUCGCUGCUGUUUUGAGGCUGUGUCUUGACCGCGACAAGCUAUUGGUUCGCACCAGCGGUAGCGACGAUGGUGCGGAUGAGGCAGCUCCGUCCGGUGAGGUACACAUCGCCCUCAACUACGACUAUACUCGUCCGCCUAACCGCCCGCGUGGUGAGUUCACGUACUGGCCCAACGCCGAACGCCGCCGCGUGACCCCUGGGACUGUGGACCAGGACACCACCAUCACGAAGCGGCGUAACAUGAUCAAGACCUCCAUCAUGCAGAUUAUGAAGCAUGUGCAGUGCAUCAAGCACGACGAACUGUACAACACGGUACGCGAGAAGAACGCAAAGCUCUUUGAUGUUACGCUGCGUAACUUCAAGCAAGAGAUUGAAGGGCUCAUUGGUCAGGACUUCAUGGCGCGCUCAUGCAAGGACUCGAACGAGUACGUGUUCCGUGCAUAG